GCCCAGCAACCCAUGGCAACUCCACAACACAGGCAAGGGGCCCUUCUUCUCCCACCUGCCAGGAGGGCCACCCAGGCUGUGAGAGCUGGAGGCCAAAGGCUGCAGGUGACAGGGUGCCUGCGGGGGUUUCAGAAGAGAGCUGCCAUCCCGGAACUGAUCCUGGAGCCUUAAUCCUCUAAGCGCCUAGGAAUCCACUCAGCCCUGGACUAGUUGAUUUACCUGCCUCAAAAACCCAGGUAAGAAGAGGUUAGGGGAUAAAAACCCUUAUUACCAAGUAAGAAAAUGAGUGAUAUUCAAAGGUGAAGGCCACCCAAUCCAAGUGUGGGUCUCUCAGCCAGCAGGUCCAUGGCUGGCAGGCCUGUGCCCCCAGGACGCCAGGAGGAGGAGGCUGCCAAAGACCCCGGGUUGAAACUAUCGCUGGUGCGGCCUCCAGGCCAUCUGCCCAGCAUUGAUGAGGCCCGACCCGCAGGUCCGGGCCCAGCCUCCCGCCGCGGCUCCGUGCUGGGCCUGACCUCAUCCUUUUCCCGCCGCAACUCGCUGGCUGGACCAGGCAUGGGUCCUGGGGGCCGGCGACCAUCCUGGGGCCCAAUGCCCCCUUUAGGCUCAAGGAUCAGCUUCUCAGGGCUGCUCCUGGCACCUCCUCGGCGGAUGGCACCCUCAUAUCGCACUGAGCCAGCGCCCGGGGAGCGCUGGGAGGCCAUGCGGACACAGCAUGCCCUGGAGGAAGUGCUGGCCACAGGACUACAAGACACAGUCUACUCUGGCCCCCAGGCAGGGCCCCUGGCGCGGGAGCUGUGCGAACUGGUGCACAUGCGCCUGCGAGAGCUCAGCCCGCCCCGCUACAAGCUGGUGUGCAGCGUGGUGCUGGGGCAGCACUCCGGCCAGGGUGUGCACGUGGCCAGCCGUGCGCUCUGGGACGCGGCGCACGACGGCCUGGCCUCCGCCACCUUCACCAACGCCUCGCUCUUUGCAGUGGCCACGGUCCAUGGGCUCUACUACGAGUGAGGAGGCAUCCGAGUUCUGCAAAAUGGUUUAU